AUUUAAAAUAAUUACCAGCAAACCAAACUUUCAUAAAUUAAAUUAAAACUCGUUCGGUUUAAUCAACUCAUACAAAAAAUCACUACUUUCAUUUAAAACUAUUUAAAUGAAAUUCUAGCGAUUUGAAUAAUUACAUAAAAAGUGUUGCGGAAAUCUUCUCUCUCUUUGCAAAUUUUCACGCGCUAAUGAAAAUUCGCAAAAGAUCUGUAUUAAAUCAUCAAUAAAAAUAGCGAAACUAACGGUACAAUGAGCCCAGCUGUUUGAAAGCCGCAACAAAAACUAUAAAACAACACGCACCAAAUCACACAGAAACAACAACAAAAACAACAGACAUUGCUCAUAAUUAAUAUGUACGAGAAAACAUUAAACAUAGGAACUGCAAAAGUUAAUAAUGCAUAUGAAUGGCAAAAAGUGAGAUACAACAACAAACCCCAACCAACAACAACAACAGCAACAGCAGUUAAAGUCAAACAACAACAGCUGCAAAAACAAAAAAAUGCAACAAAAGCGGCACCAACAACAACAACCACAACUGCGCCACCGUUAACCGGCAACAGCAUUACCGUUAAACAGGGCCCAAAAAUUAAAUUUGUUGGCAACGCGGCGCGCCGACAAUCAUUGGCCCAUCAAAUCAAGCGAGCACAUCGGCAUUUACUGACCAGCGGCGGUCAGGACAAACAGCCGCAACAAAAGCAGAAAACACAAGUGCCGCAGACGAGUGGCAAAACAGUUGCCAAAGCGAAACCGAGGCAGAAACAAUUGUUAAAAAGUGAUAAGGCAAAGGAAAAGCCAAAGCAGCAAAGAAAACGUGCCGUCACCCGUAACACUCGCAAUCCGAGGGGGCAAUCGGAAUCAUCGGGCUUAUCGUCCCGCUGGUGUUCAAUCGAGGAGCAGUUGAAUCUGCUGGACGAUCUGCUCUACUACUGCGAUGAGGAGGCGGAACUGUAUCUAGCCCAGCUUUAUGAAAGGUUCAAGACACUCCGGAGAAGCAGGAGUUCCUCGGUAGCCAGUGAUUUCUGGAGCGAUUCGGACAUGGAGCACGACGACUCCAGCACCAGUGGCACUGGCAGCCACACAGCCAGCAAUAAUAGUCUAGUUCCAUCCUCGCUGAAGCGACGUGGGCACCAGCAUCAUCCGCGCUUCUCGGGCACUCGCCGUCCUAAUGUGCCCAAUGUCCAGGAGAUUCUGGCCGCCCUCUACCGCGGCGACUCCAAGAGUGCACUGUCCAAUCUCAGGGGAGAGACGCAACCGGAGGAGGAGCAACCACAGCAGCAGCAACAGUCAGAGGAGGUGCUGCACCCCAGCAGAAGCACUUUAAGUCUGCCCCUGAGCGAAUCGGUUACCAAUUCUCUGGGCAGCAACAGUCCCACGCCUACGGACGAAAGCAGUGUGCAAGAUGAGGGCGCCAGCAACCCAGCAGCAACUUCAAUAGCAGAAGGAGCUAUUCCUCCAGCACCCAUAACCACCUCCAAAAGCAAGAAAAAGAAGCGUGAGAAGGGUGAAAAGUUAGAAAAGUCGGAGAAAUCUGAAAAAUCCGAUCGAAAGAAGAAAUCCUCAGGGAAAAAAGAGCGCAGCAAGCGGUCUAAUCCGAUGGAGCUUAGUAGUGACAGCCUUGCCACCGAUAUCAGUGCCGGGGCCAUUGAUGAAGGCAUCGCUUUGGCAGAUGACGACGAUAAUCAGGCGGCGGAGUGGUCCAAAUUGAGGUGCACUAGCGAGGCGGCCGAAAUUGUAGCCGAGCGGGAAGCUCGCCGGAACAAGGGUCGCUGUGCGGAUUAUCCAGGACUGGCCUUUGGCAGAUCCAUCUUCAGUUCGGACACCAUGAUGAAGUUCAACAUCAUCAGGAACGAGCUGCACAACAUCAUGAACACACAACUCAAACGGGCCGAAUCCGAGGUUGCUGCUCUGAACCGUCGCAUCCAGUUGCUCGAAGAAGACUUGGAGCGCUCUGAGGAGCGUCUGGGCUCUGCCACAGCCAAGCUGUCGGAAGCCUCUCAGGCCGCUGAUGAGAGCGAACGGAUACGAAAAGCGCUUGAGAAUCGCACAAAUAUGGAAGAUGACAAAGUAGCUCUCUUGGAGAACCAAUUAGCACAAGCAAAAUUAAUUGCAGAAGAAGCUGAUAAGAAAUAUGAAGAGGUUGCCAGAAAACUCGUGCUCAUGGAACAGGAUCUGGAGCGUUCCGAGGAGAAGGUCGAGCUCAGCGAAAGCAAAAUUGUGGAGCUUGAGGAGGAGCUGCGCGUGGUUGGCAACAACCUGAAGUCCCUGGAAGUCUCUGAGGAGAAGGCCAACCAACGUGAGGAGGAGUACAAGAACCAGAUCAAGACCCUGAACACUCGUCUAAAGGAGGCUGAGGCUCGUGCUGAGUUCGCUGAACGUUCCGUUCAGAAGUUGCAGAAGGAAGUCGACAGGCUCGAAGAUGACCUGCUCAACGUGCGGGGCAAGAACAAACUGCUGCAGGAGGAAAUGGAGGCCACUUUACAUGACAUACAGAACAUGUAAACAUCUAAUUUGCUUAUGUAAAUUAACUAAACUGCCUGCUUUGACGUCAAACAACAAACAAACAAACAAACAGACAAAAAGAAAAACACCCACGCACACAAAACUGGCGCUUUCCAUAUAUUUAAAUACUAGAGAACACAUCUCCACACCCACGCCAGGCCACGCCACGCCCACCACCCACACGAGACAAGAUCCAAGGACGCCAAGUGUCUUCCAUGCGGAUGCGAAAGCCAUCUUCGAACGCCAAGCAACGGGAGAGUUAAUCAAAAAUAGCGUUAAAACCACUCUAAACUCUAAACUCUAAACUCUAAACAUAAACUCAAUGAAAAAGCAGAUGGACAGAGGGCAGAAACUAAAGCAAAACAUUCUCGUAGCAAACGCAUUCCAUUCCAAAACGAUUUACGAUAUCUAUUUCGAUAUGUUUCCGAUAUCAAUUGGGAAAAAUCGAAUUCGAUUGACUGGCAGCUAAGGCCACAUUUUACUAUAACUGUUGCAAUACAAUUUCAAAAUUAUGAUAAAAAUUUCUAAUUUUUACUUUGAUUUUACACUUGCUUUUGCUACUCCCCCCCUAUAUACGUUGUUUGGUUUUGAUUUUGAGAAAACCUUAAAUUAUACCUGUACUUUUGUAUUUUUGACGAGAUGUGACAAAUUGGACAAAACAUAUUGCAUUGCCGCCUUCUUUUUUUAGUUUACGUGUAUUAAAUAGAGAGACAAACAAUCGCUGUUAUUUAUAUUUAAAGAGUAAAUUCUAUGCUAAAACUUUGUAUUUUGUCGCCAGCUUAACUGUAUUAAUAAUAUGCUAAUGUUUACCUUGUUUAUACAUAUUUAAACAAAUUGUCGUGUUUGCAAAACGUUGUGUAAUAUUUGCCUACUUUUAAGUUGCCGCCACGCCAACACCCAACACCCAACACACAAAACACAAAAACUACUACUCUUUCGUUAGAGAUUCCAAAAGAAAGAAAGAAAAAAGACAAUUUAGCUAGUGCACAUCAUUCCAAUUGCAAGUCGGACAAUCGGUUACAACCGGUUAAUAACCGAUUCACAUAAAGUUUUAUUUAAAAAAUAAAAAAAAAAACACAAACGAAAAACUAUUUCCAUACACACUAACCUAUCUUCUGAUUCUGAUUCUGAUUCUGAAUUACACCGUGACACAUGAAAUGAAAACAAAUGCUGCAACGAGAAAUGGCAUUUUAAAAUUCUAAUUCGAUCUAUUUACGAUUUACAUAAAUUAAUUAUUUAUACUUUAAUAUAUACCUAUACAAUACAUAUACUAUACAAUACAUACCAUGCUGCUGCAAUUGCACAAAUAAAGUAUUUUUUCGAAAAACGUA